CCCAAUCACCGUCGCCAUCGCGGACCAGAGACCAGCGGAGCUAAUUAAACUGCCCCAUCCUCUUGUACCGUUGUGCUUCUGAGUUUGCUCCUUGCUCGCUUGCUUGCUCCCUGUCCACGCCAGCCAUAGCCAUGGAGCUCUCCCGCCUGCCGCUGCUCCUGCUGCUCUGCUUGCUGGCCAGCUCGUCGACGACGGCCCUGCCGGCGCUGCCCGGGAUGGACCAGGUGCGGCAGCAGGUCGACAGGGCAAACAGGCGCGGCCCGUCCAUUGGUCUCGUCAUGUCGUACGUCGCCGAGGACACCGCGCUCCAGGCCUCCGGCUACUUCAGGCCUUGGCGUGUCCAGCCUUUCGUUGACCUCUACGGACGGAGGUUUCACAUCGGGAGUAUUCGAGGUGUGAAUGUUAUAUACGCAUUGACAGGACAACGCAGGUUGAAUGCAGCUGUCACUGUACAAACUCUCCUCGAUGUCUUUACCGUGUCUGGUAUUGUCCAUUAUGGCACAGCAGGCAGCUCUAAUGAUUCAAUGUCAUUUGGAGAUGUCAGUGUCCCCAAGUUAGUUGCUUAUACAGGCGCUUGGACAUGGAAGAAGUACAAAUCACUUAAAGAAGAGUCAACAGAACUAAACUUUGGACAAUUUAACGUCCCGAAUGGAGGAGAGAACCUGCUAGGGUCUCUGAAAUACAGAAAUGAGGAGCUAUACUCAGUUGGCAAGCCCAUGGAAGAAGUUUUCUGGUUACCUGUAGAUUCAGCAUGGUUCAAAAUAGCAGAAGGACUUAAGGUCAACCUUGAAAGGUGUAAUGAUACUUUUUGUUUACCUAAAACGCCACAAGUGGUUCAUGGGCUAAAAGGAGCAUCAGCUGACAUGUUUCUAGACAAUGCAGAAUACCGGAAGUUCCUUUUCAGAGAAUUUGCAGUGUCAACAAUAGAUGAGGAAAGCGCAGCAGUGGUGAUGACAACAACAUCUCCUGGCGUACCUGUGAUUGUGUUCCGGGGAGUAUCGGAUCUGGCUGGAGGGGAACCAACAUGGUCAUCAACAAGCCUGAUGAACCUGGCAUCUAUUAAUGCACUCAAAGUGGCAGUGGAGUUCAUUGCUACAAUUGGCAGGCAGAUGUCAACACCAUCAGCACAAAGUUCAAAAAACUGAGGCAAAAGAGAGCUGUUAUGUCCAUGGAGCAGAACAGUAGAAUAGUUUUAAACAGCAAUUGGAAACUAAAAUCAGACUGAGAAGUGAUCCUUAGCUUCGAAGUACACAAAACUUUCAACGGAAGAAUUAAGUAUUCAAUGUAUACUCAAUUGUAAACAUGGAUAUGUCAAUCCAUUUUUAAUGGGAUUUUGGGAUAAUGCGGGAACAAAAUGGUGAAUAAAAGACAGAAUGUUGUUACA